CAAACAGUGAUCUGUGACUACAAAGUUUGAAUGUAAGUUCUUUGUGAUUAGGCAGGAAAGUUUGAGAUUGUGUGUACUAUAUAGUCGAAGUAAGAGUGCGUCUUAGUUUGAGUUUUAUCCAGAAUGUCUGUUAAUUCAAGAAUGGAGCAGCUCCAAGCGACAGUUGAAGAACUUAAGAGACUUAGUAAUUUGACAGAACGACAGAAAGUGAAGGACAUUUUGCUAGUCGAAGCCAGGAAAAUUGAGACUGAAAUUUCAUUAUUGAGAGAACAGAGCGGAGCAGAAAUAGCAGAAUCAUCUUCAGGUGGUGCCCGAAAUGCACCUGCUCGAUGCUAUGAUGUGCGCUUAACUAAUUAUGCAUGGGACCAGUCAGACAAAUAUGUUAAAAUUUAUGUUACUUUAAAAAAUCUUGAGGCACUCAAUGAAACAAAUAUUGAAUGUGUUUUCACAGAAAGGUCUUUCAGUCUUAAGGUCAAUGGGCUUGAUGGCAAAAAUUAUAUACUGAAUAUAUGCAACUUGCUAGAGAAGAUAAUUGUUGCAAAGUGUUACUGGAAAAAGAAGGGAGAUACUUUGAUUGUUUUCUUGGCCAAAAAGUCUCCAGGGGCAAACUGGUCACAUAUGACAUCAGUAGAGAAGAAAGCAAGUGAGCCGAAGGUUCCAAAACUAAACCAUUCUGAUGACCCAAGUGCUGGGCUGAUGGAUAUGAUGAAACAGAUGUAUCAAGAAGGUGAUGAUGAGAUGAAGAGAACCAUUGCCAAAGCCUGGGCAGAAUCUCGUGACAAACAGUUUCCUCAUUAAGUCACAGCUGUCGCAAACUCUUAAAUAAGUAUCAGUUUUGUUAAAGCUGUUCUCUGAACAUCAUGUGCAGAACCUAAGGACAGAUAAUACAAAUUUUUGUGCAUUGCAGUGUUGUGCCAGUAGAGAGAUUGGGAUCAGUCAUUAAACAAAGAAUAAAUUGAUACUUCAUGACUAAA